GCGUGACGUCACGAAGGUCUUCCCUUUUACGCACGGUCAUGUCACUCCGAGCUUAGCAGGUGCAAAGUGUCAUGAAAGUGCUUCUCCGGGCGUUUGUCACAGUGCGCCCGGUUACUUUAACAACGGGACAUGUCACGCGUCCUUGAGAUUUCGCAGGCCGGUCGGUUUGCGUCAAUUCGGUCCCCGCUCCAAAGCUAACCAGUUAGCUCGCUAGUUAGCCCGCGAGCUAACGGGACGCAGCUGUCAGGCGCUGAGGCGGAGAGUGGCGAUCGAGUCUCGGCGAAGCUGCACCGUCGACGGUCGCUUUUGCCACUUAAGAAGGCACCGGGGGGAAAUGGAUAAAGACGAAGCGGAUCGGCUGAUAGACAAGGCGAAGCUUUUGUUACGGUCAGGACGGAAGGACCGAGCGCUGGAGCUGCUCUACGAAGCUCAGAAUAUCUACCCCAGCACGCGGGCCAGAGGGCUGAUUGACGCCAUAGUUAAAAAUGGAAGCAACGCAGCUCCGGAAGCGAACCACGUGCCCCCGCCUAGAGGCUGGAGAGAUGAGGACUUUGGAAGCGCAGAGAAAAGUCAGGUGAGCGGCGACAGCAGGAAGAGCUACACGGAAGAGCAGCGCCAGGGUGUUCACAGGAUUAAGAAUUGCAGAGACUUCUAUGAGAUUCUUGGUGUUCCCAAGAAUUCCAGCGAUGAAGAUCUGAAGAAAGCGUACAGGAAGCUGGCCCUCAAGUUCCACCCUGACAAAAACUUUGCUCCUGGGGCCACGGAUGCAUUCAAAGCGAUCGGCAACGCGUACGCGGUGCUAAGCAAUCCGGAGAAAAGGCAGCAGUAUGAUCAGUAUGGCGACCAAUCGCCAGCAGCUGAGAGUGCAUCCCAACCCACCACUCACCAUCGCCACUACCGAAACUUCCACAGAGACUUUGAGGCCGACAUAUCCCCCGAGGAACUCUUCAACAUUUUCUUUGGCGGACGUUUCCCCACAGGAAACGUUCACGUGUACACCAACCAGGGAGCCUCCUACUCUCAGUUCUACCAGCCUCGUCGGCGACGACCUUAUGAGAGACGUGAGGAUGUGGCGGAGGACAACCCGAGUCAAAACACCUUCACAGCUCUGCUGCAGCUCCUCCCUGUCCUGGUGCUGAUCCUCAUCUCGGUAUUCACUCAGAUGAUGGCCACCAACCCGCCGUACAGUCUCUUCUAUAAGCCGAGCAUGGGCCUGGUGGUUUCCCGGGAAACGCAGCACAUGGGCGUUCCGUACUACGUGGAUAAAGGUUUUGAGAAGGAAUACAGCGGCGACGCCCUGGACGAGCUGGAGAAGACGAUAGAAAGCGACUACAUUGAACACUUGCAGAGCAGCUGUUGGAAGGAGAAACAGCAAAAGUCAGACUUGAUGAACCUCGGGCAGCUCUACCGAGACGAGCGUCUGAAGCAGAAGGCGGAGUCCAUGAGGUUGGACAACUGCGACAAGUUGCACAGACUGGUCGGACGUCAGAGAGGAGGCGGCACGGUAGAAGCCUGGUUUGCACGUCUGUGUCGCAGUUCUGAGGGCCCGGGUUCACAUCCCGGACCCGCCUCCUCGUGCCUGCGUGGAUUUUCUCCGGGUGUGAAUGGUUGUUUGUCUCUAUGUACCCUGCGAUUGGCUGGCAACCAGUUUAGGGUGUGCCCCGCUUCCUGCCUGUUUACAGCUGGGAUAGGCUCCAGCACUCCCUGCGACCCUUGUGAGGAUAAGCGGCAAAGAAAAUGGAUGGAUGGACUUGAAUAUACUUUGGACAAAGCGCCGCACCUUGUCUGUGGAGUCCUGCCGUCGCAGACCCUCACGGCCCCUCAGGCCUUUGGCGCCGAUCCCAGACUCCGACGUCUCCAUGAUGAGUUGGGUCGCGAGAAACUGCUGGAUCUGCUCAAGGACGUCACGCUGCAUCUCCAGGGCCAUGUGGUACACGUCGUGAUCCAAACUGUUGUACAUGAUGGCGUUCUGAAACAUCAGCAUGAUGUCCCGCUGGAACUCGGCCGUGGUCCGCAUGGAACCGCUCUCGAUAUUCUUCUUAAUGGUGGCCAGGUCCAUGGGCCUGCACCAUUGAAGAAUGUGAGCUGAGCAACAGAUUUUAAUACCCCAUUUCGACAAAGCAGUUCGGAAAUGGAAAAGGAGCCAGCGUUUGAGUGCUGGAAAUGUUCCCACUCACAACUGCGACGACGCAGGACUGCUGGGGAUGGAGUCGGCCGUGGUGUGGAGCUGCAGAGAUGACGACGCGGUGCGGAGGCUGCACGCGUCCUCG